AAACCGCACACCUUUCUCAGCCAGCUCAGGGACCACGACCUGAUCUCAGAGGACAAAUACAACAAAGUGAGUCGAAUGAAGAGUAAAGAGAACAUGAAGAAAGGUCUUUAUGAAAUUCUGGACUGCUUGGAGAGAAAACAAUCGCAGCGCAUCAAGACGUUCUGGACUUGCGUCUUCAAGGAGACCAUCAUGAACCAGUACCCCACCCUGCGGCUUCUGCGCAAUAGUCUCCUGGACGGGUCUUUCCAUUUUGAAGUGCCAGAGAGCGUGGAGAAGGCAGAUGAAGGGAAAAGAAAGGAGCUCUCAGAAGAUGAGGAGGAGGAGGAGGAGGAGGGAGAGAAGAAGCAGGAAAACUCGGUGAAAAAGAAGAGAAAACUAAGAAGUAGCAGUUUGUGCGAUAACGAUGAGGAGGAGCAGCCAGGUCCAUCAUCUCAGUUCACUCCAAGGAAAAAAUCCAAGAAACUAUGCUUCUCCUCUCCCCCGAAGAAGGGAGAGAAGACUGACAUUUGGAACUGGCCCCUCUAUAAGCUCCAGCUGCCUGUGACCUGUGGCGACCAGGCCGGGACGCUGAACAGACACAGACUGGCUCAAGGUAAGUACAACUCAAUCACUGAAGUAUCUGAUUAUGAAAAAGAAAUACCAUCAUCGUUGUCUUCUCUAUAAAGGAAAACCAAACACUGAAACCUGUGAAGUGUUACCAGGCUCAGAGAUCUUUAAUCAGAUGUCAUUGAAUACAAGGUUUUCUAUAAAACCUUUCAAAAGU